AUGGAGAGGGAGGAGCAAACAGUCUUCACCUUCUACUAUCCCGAGGUUCCCAAAGUCAAGGGGGACCGGAGAUACAAAAGGCCUACCCUCCCCACCCAACAUCCGAGUGCCUUGAUGCCACCCAAGAGGCGACAGCAGCAUGUGGAUCAGACACACGGCUACAUCCGAAUGUUCUGUGGCAGCCUCUGUGGCUUUAGCCUCCUAGUGCUGAUCUGCAUGUCCCCACUGAACUGGGUGCAGUUCCUGGUGAUCAAUGAUGGCCUUGAGCUCUACGCAGGACUCUGGAUCUCAUGCAACCAUGAGCUGUGCUGGAGCCACACACCCAAGCCACCCUAUUACCUCCAAUAUUCCAGGGCCUUCUUCCUCAUCUCUGUCUUCACCAUACUUGUUGUCCUUGGCUGGCUCUUCAGUUCUUGCCUCCCUAGAAGAGGAAGGAUGACUGGUAACUUGGAUCUGAAGGUAUCCAUGCUCAGCUUCAUCUCAGCCUCCUGCUUGCUGCUCUGCCUCAUCCUGUUUCUGGAACAGGUCGACUUGUAUAGUUCGGAAACGAUGGAGUCAGCUCUCCUAUGGCCCUAUCAGGUUAAUUGGGGGAGUGACUUCAUAUACUUGUUUGCGGGGAUUGUCUCCUUCCUCAAUUACAUAACUUCCAGAUCUCCUCCUCUGGAUCAAGAUAUCACUGCAGUUCCUACAGAAAAGUCAAGGCUGGGAUUUGGUCCAGUGACUCUGCCGGUUGAAGAUGACCAGUCAGAGCUUCAGACAGAAUCUUCGAGUGAGACCAGCACGCAUCAAAUAUAGAACUGUGACUGAUAAGACAACCGAACUAUUGCUUGACUUAAAAACAGGGGAGAAGCUAACUGAGUAGGGAAUGAUUGUGCAAAUUUGAGGAAACUCUCCUAAUAUCAUGUCCAUAUUACUGAAGGGGACAGCAUUAAAGCUGAUGAAAUGUC